GAUAUGUUCAUCGGGUGUGGGGGGAGGCACAUCGGCUACUCGCCUCGAAACUUCUAGUACUUUAAACUUGGCUUUGGCCGAAUUUCUCGCGGUCUCGAGCUUAGCGUUUACGUCGAACGUACCUACAUGAAAAUAACGCGUUGUCGUAACCUUAGCGGGUUUUCGAAAACAUCCGGUUCGAAAUUUCGAGGUAAUGCUCAAACAGUGGCGCGUUCGGUUUCUUCUUUAAUAUUAUUUGUUCGGUAAAAGUUCGGCGGAACAGUGUAUAUCGCAUCAGUAAUUUCAUUUAAACUGUGAUUUUUUUCGUUUGGUGGCGACGAUGGGUUCUCGUGAAGGUUUUAGAUUGUCCUAACGGAUAUGCAGGGAAACUUAGAUCCGUUUUGUGAGAUAUGACAGUAAUUGGGGAGAAAUAUGUAGACGAAAUCUGCGUUGAGGGAUGUUUGGGGGCUGUGACGGGCGAAGACUCGAGUUACGAUUCGGAUUACGAAGCAGACACUCCAUCUUCGGCUGUACAGGCGCCGGCUUAUCAUCAUGAUGUCUCUCGAACGACCAGCGACACCCUCGCUGCAGAAUACGCCGAAUACGUACAGUCCACUCCGGAAAUAUCAGCCGGAUAUACAGCCAGGGUAGAAUUCGCUCUGAAAUUAGGUUAUACGGAAAAAUUAGUACAAGCAGCUUUACAAAAAUUGGGUCCCUCACCCACCCAAAACGAACUUUUAGCGGAACUCAUUAAAUUAGGAGCACAGAAGGGUAGCUCCUGCGACAACAGCCCCACGGAAAGUUCCUUGGACGUGACUCCAUUUCAAUUGGACACUAUCGAAGGCUCCCAGUUGCUACGACCCAUUGUUAUAGAUGGCAGUAACGUAGCUAUGAGCCAUGGAAACAAAGAAAUAUUUUCCUGUCGCGGUAUAAAAAUAUGCGUGGAUUGGUUCAAAGCUCGUGGUCACAAAGCCAUCACGGUAUUCGUUCCGAAAUGGCGUAAAGAAUCACCACGACCCGAUAAUCUGAUACGGGAUCAAGAGAUUUUAGCCGAACUCGAGAAAGACAGACUGUUAGUUUUUACUCCAUCGAGAUUAGUGGGAGGAAAAAGGAUGGUCUGUUACGACGAUAGGUACAUAUUAAAAUUGGCGGCGCAAACCGACGGUAUUGUAGUAAGCAACGAUAAUUAUCGCGAUCUGUGUCAGGAGAACGCGGAAUUUCGUAAAGUCGUAGAAGAACGUAUACUCAUGUAUUCAUUCGUCAACGAUCAUUUUAUGCCGCCCGAUGAUCCUUUGGGAAGAUCCGGACCGACGUUGGACAACUUUUUGAAAUGUCAAUCGAAGAAAGGGGAUCCGCCUCCGCCUUGUCCUUACGCCAAAAAAUGCACUUAUGGUAACAAAUGCAAGUACCAUCAUCCAGAACGAGGACCUCUACCCCAUAAAAGCGUCACGGAGAGAUUGUCGGAGCACGCGCAGAGACAUUUACAGGCUAGGGAAGGUGACAUUCGUAAAACACCAUUAGGUCGUACUCGUUCGAACGUACCACCCGCCAAAGAACCUCAACACGCCGUCGUCUCCAAAAGUCGUAGCGUGGACAACGUCGGUGCUUCCUAUAUAACUCCACCUUCGCAACAUUCACUCCAAGAAAAUUUGCACAAGAAAUUACAACGACAACUUACCCUAAAUCCGGGUGCGGAUCCUCGACUAAAUGUCAGAUACCCAGGAGUACCACCAAGCCAGAUUUCGACAGGACAAUCGACUUCGCCAUUCAUGAGUCCUCCACCAGGUUGGGACGUACAUCAACACGUGACUAGAAUCGCCUCGGCACCUGAUUCUUAUAGACCUUGGCCUCCACAGCAACAUCCCCAACAUAGACAUAUGCAGAGAAUAUCAAGUUGCUCGGAUACACAAUUGAACAUGUGGCCUCCUGUUUGGUCUCAAGGUGGUACGCAUCACUUAUCCGGCAGUUCUCCCGUCCAAGAGGACCGUAGAAAAUUGCACUAUCAUCUAGCAGCUAUCUUUCCCGAAGAACAAGUCACUCAAGCCAUGCAGAUGUAUCCGGAUGAGACGAAUCCUCAGAAAAUUUGCGCCGCCAUACUUAGUAUGUUUCCUAAAACGUAAGAUGUGUAUGUAUGGUGCCAACAUCUUAAUAGUGUCAAAUUUCGAAUAUCAUUCGAAAAAUUUCUUUUAUUGUUAUAAACGAACAAUAAUACUCUUGUGAAAACGAUCCUAAUUUGAUAUUAACGUUUUUAUGCUUCAAUUUGUGCUCGUCUUUUCUCCUUAAAUUCGAAUACUUAUUACAAGGACCUUUACCAAGUUUCCAUUUAGGUGGUUCUAACCUCGUUAAUUUUUUUUGUUAACAGAUAAAUCAGCAAUCAGAAUCAAAAGUAUUCCAAAAGCUAAUUGACCGGCAUAUAACUCAGCCAAGGGCACAAUAAGGGCUCUAAUAUUUCAUUCAAAAUCUAUAAGGAGUCGUUUUUCUCCUUGUGGUUCUAGUAAUGGUUAUAUUAGAGGAUUCUCAUGCCCCUUUAGUUGUUUAAUAUAUCUUCUGCUAUGCUUCUGGAUAUCUUCUGUGAUGUACUGUAUGCCAGGAUCUUUGUGGAGGGUAUCGUUAGACACAUACCAUCUCUACACGAAGUAUUUUACAUUGAGACUUUUGGAGGAUAGCACUUCCUUCUCCAAUCGCCUUCUAACAGGUUUAAGUUCUGUUGGAGAUAAACUGGAUCUUCGUGAUUGGAUAAAACAACUAAAAAUGUUCCUGUUACAGUAUUUUCUGCCUGAUAUAUGUAGUAAAUAAAAUAAUGGACCCAGAAUGCUGCUCUGUGAUACUCCAGACUUGAUCUAUAAACUUCUCCAUUGAUUCUGGUUCUGAACUGUCUGUUGGCUAAGUAGACUCGAAUAAUUUGAAGUGACAUUUAUUUUGAAGGCGUUCGUGCUACACCUUAUCAUAUACUGAUGAGGACUUAUUAAUUUGUAACAUGUCACGAUAAAUUUUGCUACAGGAUAAAUUUUGCUAAAUAGUUUUCAAAUAUUCCUCGUAUAUACUAAAAUAUGUGAUACUCAUAUUUCUAUCUGUGAUAUGGUGGCGUGUUGAAAAGUGGGUCCCAUACUAUUUUCGAAACCUAUUUUGGGUUUUAUAAAUUCGAAUUAUUAAAAAAAAUUACCAAGUAUUUCUCAAUUUUAAAUAUAAUUAAUAUUGUUUAUGUAUGUUUUUUUUUUCAUUUUAAGUCUAUUUUGUUGUUAAUUAGUAUAUAAAAAAUUUAUAAAACGACAAAUCCACAAAUUGAAUGCAUAAUUUAUAAUAAAAAAAAAAAGGAAAAUCAACAUUUUUGUAUAUAGAACAAUUUAUAUACAGUUAGGACUUCCUUAUACAUUCUGUGCUAUACAUUUCUAGUAUAUUUUUUUUUUCAGAUCGUCUUCCAAUUUUGAAUUUCCAUUAAAGUUGACCCUUCCACCACUUAGUGGAUAUGUUUGUUCAAUAUUCUGGUUAUAACUUUUUCCCAUGAUUUUCUUGAUAUUGAAUAGGCCGUUCUUUCUUCUUUGUCACUCCCUUUACCUUUUUUUAAUAUUUCAUCACUGUCACCUGAAUUUUAUUUAUUUAUCGUUCUUUAUCAUUCCUCUUUUGUAGUCUUGUUACCAGUUCUUGUGUUUCGUCUAAUUUGUUUGCAUUUAAAUCCAUCGGAUUCCUUUCGUACUAUCUCCAUGGAUUGAUAACAAAGUUCAAUUUUAAUUUGUAUAAUAUAAAACAUCAACAGUCCUUCCAUAGGUUCAUAUUGUGUUUUAUUUUUGAAAGGUGAUGCUUCGUUUUCCUUGGAUAUUUUAAAGAAAAUUAGUAGGCAUCUAUUUCAUGUUAAUAUUGGAUAAAAAUCUAUUCAACUCAACAUGUUUUAUUGAUAUUGUUACUUUAAAAUCGUUACAAAAUUAUUAAUAAUUUUUUCUAGAUAGAUGAACUAAAUUUUUUUUAUUAUUGUAAGUCCACAAAAAAUACAAUUAUAUGAUAUGAGAUAAAUGUGCCAAUCGAAAAACAUUUUUAUAACAAAUUAGUUGAAAAAUAUCAAUAGAAACUUAUUUAAUUAAAUAUUUAAUACGCAGACUUUUUUGUUAUAAAAAAAUAGAGAACUUUUGGCACAAAAAUUUAAAUAAAUUGAUAAGAAAAACCCUUAAUUUAGGCUUAGAGAAUGAAAGAAGAAAAAAAACAACUUCAUAUUGAAGGUUAUUAAAAAAAUGCUUUUGAAUGAUCAUAGUUUUUACUGUAAUUAUUAAUUUUUUUACACCGAUAAGUUGAUACUAUGUAUCUCUAGUAAAAUUGUUGCAAUUUCUGAAUUAUAGUAUAGUAUAUUGGAAAUUUUAUUUGUACAUUCCUGUAGGAAAAUACAUUUAAAAUUUAUUACUAGCCUUGUAAUCGUAAAUUAUAAAUAAAAUAUUUACUAAUACCUGAUUUCCUUGUGGUGCAGAGCAUUUAGUAUAAUUUGGUUAAAGAAAUUCAAUCACAGUGUUAAACUUAUAUUUUCCUUUAAAAAAAUCUAUCAUAGGAGGGAUUUUUUAUCCCAAAUAGCAGUUUGAGGAAUAUACAACAACAAUUGUCAUUAGUCAAACUUAACGUUAUUCAAUAUUAACUUUAGACUAGAUCUGUUUGUUUUGUUCAAAAUAAUUAAAUUUAUCUAUUUAAUAUUCUUUUUAGUGACGUUUGUAUAUAUUUUUUCAGUCCAAAAUGAAGUAGAACAGAUGCUAAAUCGUCUCCACUUCUCAGUUAUUCUCUUUGCAAUAGUUGUCUGAUGUCACUCUCCAUAUCUACAAUGUCCAUUGAUCUCUUUAAAGGUCUUCCGGAUUGAGUCUUCCAUUUUUCGUUUCCUCUUUUUCAAUUCUUGACCAAAUCAGUUUAGAUGUUGUGCAAUAAUUUCUGUUUCUUGAUGUUUAGCUGUGAUUCCUGUGUCAAUAUCAUUUUUCAACAAUUCUUUUUGGUAUUAUUUGUAUAUAUUCUAUUGCUUUUGCUACAUAUUUACAGUAUGGCUAAAAAUUGAGAUAAAAACCAUCAAAAUGCAAUAAUCGGUUCCAUAUUUGUUCAAGGUAAGGUUAGUACAAACAACUUCUACCUAGAUUAAUUAUGGUUUACUCAGAGUUCUAUUGUGUUACCAAAUUUAGAAACUUAGUUAAUCCCCCUCUUAUCGUAUUUCCUUUGGUAGCUUAUUUUUCACUUUUUCUUUGUCUAAUUCUACUAUAUAGGUAGAACAGAUGAUCAAAUGUCUUUUCUUCUCAUUCACACUCUUUGCAAUAAUUGUCCAAUGUCCUUCUAGAAUCUUGUACAAUCUCCAAUGAUCACUCUAAAGAUAUUCUCGAUUGAGUGUUUCAUUUUUUAUUUCCUCUUCAUCGAUCAUUGAUCAAAUCACUUUGGAUAUCAUCUUUUAACAAUUUCAGCAUACUCUCCCCUAGUUCCACUUUUUACUCUAGAUUUUUCUUUCACAUCAUAGUAUAGUACCGGUACCUAGUAGAAGCUUAUUUCAGUGUCAUAAACCCAGGAACGUGCCUCUUGGAGGUUUAUUGCCACUUUUGGUUCUGGCAGCCUUCCUGUGUGAAUUUACUAGAUUAAUAAUCGAAAUGAAAUUCACUUAAAAUUUUUUUAAACAUAAAAAAGUUUUGAUACACAGUAACAGUUAAUGUAUGUACAAUUUUUUUAAAGGAAAAUUGAAGCAAUAAUUCAUUACAUACAAAAUGCUUUGUAUUCACAAACAUCAUACCGAAAACAAUGUAAUUAGUUUUCCACAAAAUUCAACGAGGUAUUAUUAAAAUUUAUAUCGAAAACUUUGUUUUUAAUGCCCCAGGAAUGGAUAUUUUUUAUGAUUGUGAUUUUUUAUCAUGAUUUACAGCUGUAGCUAAAUGAAAUUAUUAAAUUAAUUUAACUUUGUUGCAUUUUGUAGAAUUAAUUUGUUUAUUAACCGACCAGUCUGGGGGAGAAUAUAAUUUUGUAAAAAUUACUUACCCUACGUCCUAUAAGGAGUUUCUAUGUCCUCUUAAACUGUUUUUAAUAAUUGUUGAAGUUUUGUAUGCACCUAUGUGUUGUUUAGUAUUGUUGCAUAUUGCAUCUAUUGAUGAUAAUUAUUAGUUCAUAAAAAACUGUGUGAAUUCUGUUGGAUGUUGAAACAUUCAUUUUUUAAUACUUUUCUACCUAUUUUCGAAAUUAUUUUAUAGAAAUUAUUAAAUGUUUUAUAUUUUGAACUUUAGAUGAAUGUUCAAGUGUCCAGUUGUUAACCUUUUAAUUAAUUAUUUAUUUUUAUUUUUGAAAUAUAAUUUUAAAUAUA